UACCAACACUCCAUGUUCUCCGCCAACGCUUCAUGAAGGCGUACUUUGACUUUACGUGACCCGUCCCCGGCCGCCAUCUGCCCAUCUCCUCAUGCGGCCAUCGCCGGCGCUCGCCGGCGGCGGCAGGACGGUCGCAAAUCUUCUCUCCGCCACGGAGUGGAUGCUUCCUUCUCCGGCCACCCAAGUCCACACCAUCUCCGUCCUCCCCUCCCACUCACCGCCGUCCCCUCCUCACCACUUCGCGUUCUCCAACCUCACCACCGCGCCUAAGCGCAACGGAGGCAAGGGGGAAGAGGAGGGCCGCCCAAGGUUCGAGGUGGUGCGCGACGAUCUCCUCCACCCGCUCGCCAAUGGCAACAAGGCCCGCAAGCUCGACGCCCUCCUGCCGCUCCUGCGCCGCCGCGGCGCUACUGACGUUGUGACUUGUGGGGGUUGCCAGAGCGCCCAUGCUGCGGCCACUGCGGUCCACUGUGCUGAGUGGGGAAUGAGGCCACACAUAUUGCUGAGAGGUGAACAGCCAGAUAUCCCGACAGGCUACAAUCUUAUCUCUUUGAUGUUUGGCAAUGUGGCUUAUGCCUCUCGGUCAGUGUACGCACACAGAGAUGAAAUGCUUUACAAUCACGCCAGAAAAGUUGCAGGCACAGGUGGUACAGUGUUGUGGGCUGAUGAUAUUAGCAAAGAGGAUUUUGUUUUAGAUGAAGAUAAUGGUUGUGAAAUUGGUUCGAGAAGAGUAGUUAUUAUUAAGGAAGGGGCUGGUGACGUCCAAGCAUUGCUAGGUGUUAUUCGGCUAGUGGAGUACCUUUACAAUCUGUCGUCAUUUCAUAAACAUGAGAAUGUUCAUGUCGUGGUAGAUGCUGGGACAGGCACAACAGCUGUGGGGUUAGCUCUUGGAGCGGUAUGUCUAGGAUUGCAUUGGAGAGUAACUGCUGUCAUGCUUGCUGACACACUCGAAAGAUAUAAAGAACGAGAGAAGUCCUUAAUAUCUGACUUUAAGAAGCUUUGCCAUAACAACUACCAUGAAAUGGUGGGAGAAAAUGAUAUUGGUGACAGUUUAGUUGAAUGGGUGGAACGAUUUUCACCAAGACGAUUUGGCAAGGUGCUGAACGGUGAAAUUGCAUUAUGCCGCCAGAUUGCGCAGCAAACUGGUAUCCUGUUGGAUCCAAUGUACACCUUAGCUGGUUGGGAGCAAGCUGUGGAUCUAUGUGUUGGAGACAGUAGAACCAAAGUGGUGAUGAUCCAUACGGGAGGAACGCUUGGCUUCUGCGGAUUGGCGCAGCGGUACUCAUCGCACUUCACCUCGGAUGAGCAAACUUAGGCCCUGUUUCUUUUAGCUUAGGAUUAUUAUAAUCCAGAUUAUUAGGAGUAAGCUAAAAGAUAGCUUAUUAUAAUCUGAUAAGCUCAUUUAGGUGAGCUUUUUCUAGAUUAUUGGGUGAAAAAUUACCCAUCAUGCCACCCCACUCCCUCUUUAGACUUGCAAACCCAAUAAUCUAGGCUCUAAUAAUCUAGGAAAGAAACAACUAACCACUUAUUCUACUACAGAUUAUAACAAUCUAGAUUAUAGUAAUCUGACUCAAUAAUCUAGAUUAUAAUAAUCCCAAGCUAAAAGAAACAGGGCCUUAACCAGGCCAACCUUACUGCAAGAGUGCAAUUGCAUUUUUACCUCUAUUUAUCCUCCUUUUUUAAGUCCUUUUGCCACUUCCCAGGGCUAGAGAGGUACUACUUUUGUAUACGAGUCAGAAUUGCUUGAAUAGUCAGAACUCUGAAACUCUGAAUUGAAUUGCCUAAGCCACACUCCAGAACAGACAAUUUCAUCCUGCUGAUCUAUUGUGAUUACCCAUCAAA